AUGCUAUCCUCUUCCGCCUCUCAAGCUAUCCUCUUCCGCCUCUCCUGCUAUCCUCUUCCGCCUCUCCUGCUAUCCUCUUCCACAUCACAUGCUAUCCUCUUCCACCUCUCCUGCUAUCCUCUUCCAAAUAAACCUGCUAUCCUCUUCCGUUCACCUGCUAUCCUCUUCCGCCUCACCUGCUAUCCUCUUCCGCCUCACCUGCUAUCCUCUUCCACCUCACCUGCUAUCCUCUUCCACCUCACCUGCUAUCCUCUUCCGCCUCUCCUGCUAUCCUCUUCCACAUCACAUGCUAUCCUCUUCCACCUCUCCUGCUAUCCUCUUCCACAUCACAUGCUAUCCUCUUCCGCCUCUCAUGCUAUCCUCUUCCACCUCUCCUGCUAUCCUCUUCCACAUCACAUGCUAAUUCCUCUUUCUCUCACCUGCUAUCCUCUUCCUCCUCACCUGCUCCUCCUCUUCCGCCUCACCUGCUAUCCUUUCUUCUUCCCUCACUUGCUAUACUCUUCCGCCUCACCUGCUAUCCUCUUCCGCCUCACCUGCUAUCCUCUUCUAUCUCACUUGCUAUCUUCUUCCGACUCCCCUGCUAUCCUCUUCCGUCCAAAUGCUAUCCUCUUUCCUCCUCACCUUCUAUCCUCUUCCGUCUCACCUGCUAUCCUCUUCUGCCUCACCUGCUAUCCUCUUCCGUAUCACCUGCUAUCCUCUUCCGCUUCACCUGCUAUCCUCUUCCGCCUCACCUGCUAUCCUCUUCCAGCCUCACCUGCUAUCCUCUUCCACGCCUCACCUGCUAUCCUCUUCCUUUCACCUGCUAUCCUCUUCCGCUCUCAUCCUUCUUCCCUGCUUCCUCUCCCUCACCUGCUAUCCUCUUCCGCCUCACCUGCUAUCCUCUUCCGCCUCACCUGCUAUCCUCUUCCGCCUCACCUGCUAUCCUCUUCCGCCUCUCCUGCUAUCCUCUUCCGCCUCAUCUGCUAUCUUCUAACAUCUCACCUGCUAUCCUCUUCCGCCUCACCUGCUAUCCUCUUCCGCCUCACCUGCUAUCCUCUUCCACCUCACCUGCUAUCCUCUUCCGCCUCACCUGCUAUCCUCUUCCGCCUCUGCUGCUAUCCUCUUCCACAUCACAUGCUAUCCAUCUUCCGCCUCUCCUGCUAUCCUUCCGCCUCUCCCGCCUCAUCCUGCCUCCUGCUAUCCUCUUCCGCCUCACCUGCUUCAUCCUCUUCCGCCUCACCUGCUAUCCUCUUCCACCUCACCUGCUAUCCUAUUCCGCCUCACCUGCUAUCCUCUUCCAAAUGCCUCACCUGCUAUCCUCUUCCGCCUCACCUGCUAUCCUCUUCCGCCUCACCUGCUAUCCUCUUCCAUCCUCACCUGCUAUCCUCUUCCAGCCUCACCUGCUAUCCUCUUCCCUCACCUCUUUUCCAAAUGCUAUCCUCUUCCGCCUCACCUGCUAUCCUCUUCCGCCUCAUAUGCUAUCCUCUUCCCGCCUCACCUGCUAUCCUCUUCCGCUUCACCUGCUAUCCUCUUCCCGCCUCACCUGCUUCCUCUUCUCCUCAUCUGCUAUCCUCUUCUAGCUAUCCUCUUCUCAUAUCUAUCCUCUUCCAAAUCACCUGCUAUCCUCUUCCGCCUCACCUGCUAUCCUCUUCCGCCUCACCUGCUAUCCUCUUCCGCCUCACCUGCUAUCCUCUUCCGCCUCACCUGCUAUCCUCUUCCGCCUCACCUGCUAUCCUCUUCCGCCUCACCUGCUAUCCUCUUCCGCCUCACCUUCACCUCACCUGCUAUCCUCUUCCCCUCACCUGCUAUCCUCUUCCUUCACUCACCUGCUAUCCUCUUCCGCCUCAUUUGCUAUCCUCUUCCGCCUCACCUGCUAUCCUUCUCCCGCCUCACCUGCUAUCCUCUUCCCAAAUAUCCUGCUUCCUCCUUCCUCAAAUGCUAUCCUCUUCCGCCUCACCUGCUAUCCUCUUCCUUCUCACCUGCUAUCCUCUUCCCCUCACCUGCUAUCCUCUUCCGCCUCACCUUCUAUCCUCUUCCGCCUCACCUGCUAUCCUCUUCCUCUUCCGCCUCACCUAUAUCCUCUUCCGCCUCAUUGCUAUCCUCUUCCAAAUCAAUCUGUUUCCUCCUCUUCCGCCUCACCUGCUAUCCUCUUCCGCCUCCUGCUAUCCUCUUCCAUCAUUCAUUUUCCUCCUAUUCCUCUUUGCUCCCUAUAAGUUCUGCUUAUCCUCUUCCGCCUCACCUGCUAUCCUUUUCCUAGCCUCACCUGCUAUCCUCUUCCGCCUCACCUGCUAUCCUCUUCCUUUACAGGAAUCCUCUUCCGCCUCACCUGCUAUCCUUUUCCACCUCACCUGCUAUCCUCUUCCGUUCUCACCUGCUAUCCUCUUCCGCCUCACCUGCUAUCCCUCUUCCGCCUCACCUGCUAUCCUGCUAUCUGCUAUCCUCUUCCUGCUAUCCUCCGCUCACCUUUUCCUCUUCCCUCAUCUGCUAUCCUCUUCCGCCUCCCAUGCUAUCCUCUUCAGCCUCACCUGCUAUCCUCUUCCGCCUCACCUGCUAUCCUCUUCCGCCUCACCUGCUAUCCUCUUCCACCUCACCUGCUAUCCUCUUCCGCCUCACCUGCUAUCCUCUUCCACCUCACCUGCUAUCCUCUUCCGUCUCACCUGCUAUCCUCUUCCACCUCACCUGCUAUCCUCUUCCGCCUCACCUGCUAUCCUCUUCCGCCUCACCUGCUAUCCUCUUCCGCCUCACCUGCUAUCCUCUUCCUCACCUUCCUCUUUCCGCCUCACCUGCUAUCCUCUUCCGCCUCACCUGCUAUCCUCUUCCGCCUCACAUGCUAUCCUCUUCCGCCUCAACUGCUAUCCUCUUCCGCCUCACCUGCUAUCCUCUUCCCCCCUGCUAUCCUCUUCCGCCCACCUUCUAUCCUCUUCCACAUGCUUUCCUUAUCCUCUUCCGCCUCACCUGCUAUCCUCUUCCUUCCCUGCUAUCCUCACCCUGCUAUCCUCUUCCGCCUCACCUGCUAUCCUCUUCCCUUCACCUGCAUCUUCUUCCUCACCUGCCUCCUCUUCCUCCUCCUCUAUCCUCUUCCGCCUCACCUGCUAUCCUCUUCCGCCUCACCUGCUAUCCUCUUCCGCCUCACCUGCUAUCCUCUUCCGCCUCACCUGCUAUCCUCUUCCGCCUCACCUGCUAUCCUCUUCCCUCACCUCUAUCCUUGCUAUCCUCUUCCGCCUCACCUGCUAUCCUCUUCCUCACCUGCUAUCCUGCUAUCCCUCUUCCGCCUCACCUGCUAUCCUCUUCCGCCUCACCUGCUAUCCUCUUCCGCCUCACCUGCUAUCCUCUUCCGCCUCACCUGCUAUCCUCUUCCGCCUCACCUGCUAUCCUCUUCCGCCUCACCUGCUAUCCUCUUCCGCCUCACCUGCUAUCCUCUUCCGCCUCACCUGCUAUCCUCUUCCGCCUCACCUGCUAUCCUCUUCCGCCUCACCUGCUAUCCUCUUCCGCCUCAUCUGCUAUCCUCUUCCCUCCUCACCUGCUAUCCUCUUCCGCUCACCUGCUAUCCUCUUCCUCCUCACCUGCUAUCCUCUUCCGCCUCACCUGCUAUCCUCUUCCGCCUCACCUGCUAUCCUCUUCCGCCUCACCUGCUAUCCUCUUCCGCCUCACCUGCUACCCUCUUCCUCCUCACCUGCUAUCCUCUUCUCCCCCGCCUCAUCCUGCUUUCCCUCACCUCUUCCUCCUCACCUGCCUGCUAUCCUCUUCCGCCUCACCUGCUAUCCUCUUCCGCCUCACCUGCUAUCCUCUUCCGCCUCACCUGCUAUCCUCUUCCUCCUCACCUGCUAUCCUCUUCCUCCUCACCUGCUAUCCUCUUCCGCCUCCUGCUAUCCUCUUCCGCCUCCUCUUCCUCUGCCUCACCUGCUAUCCUCUUCCGCCUCACCUGCUAUCCUCUUCCGCCUCACCUGCUAUCCUCUUCCGCCUCACCUCUAUCCUCUUCCGCCUCACCUGCUAUCCUCUUCCACCUGCCUCCUCUUCCGCCUCACCUGCUAUCCUCUUCCGCCUCACCUGCUAACCUCUUUCGCCGCACCUCCUAUCCGCUUCCGCCUCACCUGCUAUCCUCUUCCACCUCACCUGCUAUCCUCUCCCGCCUCACCUGUUAUCCUCUUCCGCCUCCUGCUAUCCUCUUCCGCCUCACCUGCUAUCCUCUUCCGCCUCACCUGCUAUCCUCUUCCGCCUCACCUGCUAUCCUCUUCCGCCUCACCUGCUAUCCCCGCCUCUUCCCUCUUCCGCCCUGCUAUCCUCUUCCCCCUCACCUGCUAUCCUCUUCCGCCUCACCUGCUAUCCUCUUCCGCCUCACCUGCUACCUCUUCCUCCUCACGCUAUCCUCUUCCCUCUCACCUGCUAUCCUCUUCCGCCUCACCUGCUAUCCUCUUCCGCCUCACCUGCUAUCCUCUUCCGCCUCACCUGCUAUCCUCUUCCGCCUCACCUGCUAUCCUCUUCCCUUCCUCACCUGCUAUCCUCUUCCACCCUCACCUGCUAUCCUCUUCCGCCUCACCUGCUAUCCUCUUCCGCCUCACCUGCCUCCUCUUCCUCCCUCUUCCUCUUCCACUCAUCUGCUAUCCUCUUCCGCCUCACCUGCAAUCCUCUUCCGCCUCACCUGCUAUCCUCUUCCGCCUCACCUGCUAUCCUCUUCCGCCUCACCUGCUAUCCUCUUCCGGCUCCCUCCUCCUCCCUGCUAUCCUCUUCCGCCUCACCUGCUAUCCUCUUCCGCCUCACCUGCUAUCCUCUUCCUUCACCUGCUAUCCUCUUCCAUUCACUAUAUCCUCUUCCGCCUCACCUGCUAUCCUCUUCCGCCUCACCUGCCUAUCCUCCUUUCCGCCUCACCUGCUAUCCUCUUCCGCCUCACCUCUUCUAUCCUCUCUUCCGCCUCACCUGCUAUCCUCUUCCGCCUCACCUGCUAUCCUCUUCCGCCUCACCUGCUAUCCUCUUCCGCCUCACCUGCUAUCCUCUUCCGCCUCACCUGCUAUCCUCUUCCGCCUCACCUGCUAUCCUCUUUCGCCUCCCUGCUAUCCUCUUCCGCCUCACCUGCUAUCCUCUUCCGCCUCACCUGCUAUCCUCUUCCGCCUCACCUGCUAUCCUCUUCCGCCUCACCUGCUAUCCUCUUCACCUGCUAUCCUCUUCCGCCUCACCUGCUAUCCUCUUCCUCCUCACCUGCUAUCCUCUUCCGCCUCACCUGCUAUCCUCUUCCUCCUCACCUGCUAUCCUCUUCCUCCUCACCUGCUAUCCUCUUCCGCCUCAUCUGCUAUCCCAUUCCGCCUCACCUGCUAUCCUCUUCCUCCUCACCUGCUAUCCUCUUCCGCCUCACCUGCUAUCCUCUUCCGCCUCACCUGCUAUCCUCUUCCUCCUCACCUGCUAUCCUCUUCCGCCUCACCUGCUCUCUCUUCGCCUCACCUGCUAUCCUCUUCCGCCUCACCUGCUAUCCUCUUCCGCCUCACCUGCUAUCCUCUUCCGCCUCACCUGCUAUCCUCUUCCGCCUCACCUGCUAUCCUCGUCCGCCUCACCUGCUAUCCUCUUCCGCCUCACCUGCUAUCCUCUUCUUCCACCUGCUUUUCCUCACCUGCUAUCCUCUUCCGCCUCACCUGCUAUCCUCUUCCGCCUCACCUGCCUCCAGAAUCACCUGCUAUCCUCUUCCGCCUCACCUGCUAUCCUCUUCCGCCUCACCUGCUAUCCUCUUCUUCCUCACCUGCUAUCCUCUUCCGCCUCACUGCCUCACCUCUUCCGCCUCACCUGCUAUCCUCUUCCGCCUCACCUGCUAUCCUCUUCCGCCACACCUGCUAUCCUCUUCCGCCUCACCUGCUAUCCUCUUCUUUACCUGCUAUCCUCUUCCUCACCUCUAUCCUCUUCCGCCUCACCUGCUAUCCUCUUUUGCCUCACCUGCUAUCCUCUUCCGCCUCACCUGCUAUCCUCUUCCCACACCUGCAUCUUCUAUCCCUCUUCCGCCUCACCUGCUAUCCUCUUCCGCCACCUGCUAUCCUCUUCCCCUUCUUCCGCCUCACCUGCUAUCCUCUUCCGCCUCACCUGCUAUCCUCUUCCGCCUCACCUGCUAUCCUCUUCCGUUUCUGCCUCCUCUUCCGCCUCACCUGCUAUCCUCUUCCGCCUCACCUGCUAUCCUCUUCCGCCUCACCUGCUAUCUUCCGCCUCACCUGCUUCCUCUUCACCUCACCUGCUAUCCUCUUCCGCCUCACCUGCUAUCCUCUUCCGCCUCACCUGCUAUCCUCUUCCGCCUCACCUGCUAUCCUCUUCCGCCACACCUGCUAUCCUCUUCCGCCUCACCUGCUAUCCUCUUCCCUCUCACCUGCUAUCCUCUUCCUCCCCUGCCUCACCUUAUCCUGCUAUCCUCUUCCACCUCACCUGCUAUCCUAUUCCGCCUCACCUGCUAUCCUCUUCCACCUCACCUGCUAUCCUCUUCCCUUCCCUCACCUGCUAUCUUCUCCUCUUCCGCCUCACCUGCUAUCCUCUUCGCCCUCACCUGCUAUCCUCUUCUCCUCACCUGCUAUCCCUUCCUCCCUCUUUUCGCCUCACCUGCUAUCCUCUUCCACCUCACCUGCUAUCCUCUUCACCUGCCCUCACCUGCUAUCCUCUUCCACCUCACCUGCUAUCCUCUUCCGCCUCACCUGCCUUCCUCUUCCGCCUCACCUGCUAUCCUCUUCUUCCGCCUCACCUGCUAUCCUCUUCCGCCACCUGCCUCCACACCACACCUGCUAUCCUCUUCCGCCUCACUGCUAUCCUCUUCCGCCUCACCUGCUAUCCUCUUCAAACUUCUGCCAACUAGUGCAGCCUCACCCUGCUAUCCUCUUAUGCCUCAUCUAUUCCUCUUCCCUUGAGAGCUAUCACGUGGAUCAAGGUUAUCUAUCCCUUUAUAGACGUUCAUCUUCAGAUAUUUUGGCCAGCCAUUUUUAUCUAUUCAGAACCUGUACCACUCUAUCCUUUUCUUAUCUAUAUAUUUCGGUUUAUCUAUCUAUCUAUCUAUCUAUCUAUCUAUCUAUCUAUCUAUCUAAUAUACCUAUGUCAGUGUAUUCAUUAUCUAUCUAUCUAUCUAUCUAUCUAUCUAUCUAUCAUCAUAAAACAAUGGCUAUCUAUCUAUCUAUCUAUCUAUCUAUCUAUCUAUCUAUCUAUCUAUCCAUCUAUCACACUCUCUAUAUAUAUCUUUGUCUGUCUGUCUCAUUCUGUUCUUAUCCUCUAUCUAUCUAUCUAUCUAUCUAUCUAUCUUAA